AUGAACGAUCAUUCUAAGUUGAUGAAUCCGCCACCACCUCAGAUGAUAGGCCAGCCUCCUCCGCCGCAGAGGAUGAAUCCGCCGCCGCCGUCGCAGGUAAUGAACGCGGUUCAGACUCGGAUUAUGAACCAAGCUCCGCUGUUAGGCCAGUCUCAAGGCUUGAACCAUCCGAUUAUGGGUAUGAACCAGCAGCCACAGGUCAUGAUGAACAACCAGGCUAUGAUGAUGAAUCCCCGGAACUUUAACCUGAAUCCUAGCUUGAGCUCGGAGUAUCAGAACCAGCCUAAUAACUAUGGGUCGAAAAUGAGCCGGAACAAUUGGAAAGGGAAGAAGAUUACAAGCGACAAGAGGCCGCCGCCGCAAAUGAUGGAGCCGAUUAGGAGGAUGCAUAACUCUGGUAUUCCGAUGUACAACCCUCAGCAGCAACUACCUGGCUCCGGUGGUAUUCAGGUCGGUCCUGUUGGCGGCGCCGGCGGGUACAAGCCGCCGACUCUGAACGAGCUGCAGUCUCAGAACAGGUUGAAAACCAGAAAGUUUUACCCGAAGAAGAAGUAUGGAAAUCGAUACGUUCCUUACGCUCCGAGGAACACGACUUCGUUUAUCAUCCGAGCGAAGAAAUCCGGUGGAAUCGCUGAGCUGGUGUCUCCGUGCCCUGUGACACCGGCGGUGCUGCCUACGCCGAUGUUCUCGCCGUCGAGGGAGGUGUUGGGUGAUAUGGCGAAGGAGGAAUGGGGUGUUGAUGGUUACGGCUCCAUGAAAGGGCUGAUUAGGCUUCGAUCUGAAGGAAAUGAGCUUGGACCUUAUGAUGAGGAUGAUGAAGACGAAGGAGCAUCGAGUGAGAGUGAUGUGGAGGAGCAUGUGGAGGUUGAGAGGAGACUAGACCAUGAUUUGAGCCGGUUUGAGAUGAUUUAUCCGAACUACGGUGGCUCUGAGUAUAACAAUGUUUUGGAGAACCGUGUGGACGAUCAGGAUAGCCAUAUUGCUCAGCUGGAGGAAGAGAACUUGACUUUGAAGGAGAGGCUGUUCUUGAUGGAGAGGGAGAUGGGUGAUUUGAGGAGAAGGUUACAGUAUCUGGAGAGGAGGAAUAUGGUUGCUGAAGAUGCUAACGAGGAGGUUGUGGAGAAUGAGUCUGAAAGUGAUGGUGAUGAUACAGGUGGAUCCGAUGCACGUACUAGUGGUGACACAAAGGAGAAUCAUGUGACUGCAGAAGAUGUUUGUAUGCAGGAUGUUGCGGCUAAGGAUGAGACUGUGGUGAAAGAAGUUGAUGAUAACAAGGACAACAACAAGAGCAAUGUGGAUGAAGCUAAAGAGAAACAACAUGAAGGUAAGGAACAAGCUGGGAAAGAUUUUAGGGAAGUUUCAGGUGAAGAAGCUAAUCGCGUUGUGGUUGGUAUGGAUCAGAGUAAGGAAAAUGAAAUGGCAGUUGAGAAGCUUGAAGAUGCAUCUGAGAAUGAUUCGGUUGGAGAACAAGGAACAACCAUGUGA